GCGUGGAAUUUGCAUAGGCUGUACUGGGACAGGCAGGUUUCUUUUGUUGCUGGAAACAAGGAGCAAGUUCUUUUCCCUGUCUCUGCUUCCUAAUGCCUCUCCAAAAGCUCUCAGCACUCAUUGAUGCCAUCUGCAAUUUUGUCAUCUGCAAUGACUCCUCCCUCCGCAGCCAGCCGAUCAUCUUCAAUCCUGACUUCUUUGUGGAAAAGCUGCGCCAUGAAAAACCAGAGGUGUUCACAGAGCUUGUUGUCAGCAACAUUACCAGGCUCAUUGACUUGCCUGGGGCAGAGCUGGCCCAGCUAAUGGGAGAGGAGGACCCAAAGCUGCCUGGGGCAAACAGCACAGCCUCUGGAUUUUUUCGUUCUCUGAUGUCUCUGAAGCGCAAGGAUAAAGGGGUGGUGUUUGGCUCCCCGCUGACAGAGGAAGGCAUUGCACAGGUUUCCCAGCUAAUCGAGUAUCUGCACAAAAAUCUAAGAGCAGAAGGCUUGUUUCGGGUGCCAGGCAACAGCAUCAGGCAACAGAUCCUAAAGGAUGCUCUGAACAGUGGUACAGAUAUUGACCUGGACUCUGGGGAGUUUCAUUCCAACGAUGUGGCCACCCUGCUUAAGAUGUUCCUGGGUGAAUUACCAGAGCCGCUGCUGACACACAAGCACUUCCAUGCCCAUCUCAAAAUUGCAGACUUGACGCUGUUUGAUGAGAAGGGGAAUAAGACCAGCACUCCAGACAAAGAGCGCCAAAUUGAAGCCCUCCAGCUGCUCUUUUUGAUCCUUCCUGCGCCCAACCGCAGUCUGCUCAAACUGCUGCUGGACUUGCUCUACCAGACCGCCAAGAAGCAAGACAAGAACAAGAUGUCUGCCCACAAUCUUGCCCUGAUGUUUGCACCCCACAUCCUAUGGCCCAGAAAUGUGACAGCAAAUGACCUUCAGGAGAAUAUCACGAAGCUAAACAAUGGAGUGACCUUCAUGAUCAAACAUUCUCAGAAACUCUUCAAGGCCCCAGCAUAUAUUCGGGAGUGUGCCAGGCUGCACUAUCUGGGAUCCAGAGCCCACACAUCAAAGGACGACCUGGAUUUGCUGACGUCUCCUGGCUCCAAGGAGCUGCAGCCCCUCAAGUCUCAGAAGCGAAGUCGGCUGGACACUUGCCAUCAGGAGGAGACCCAGCAGCGCACAGAGGAGGCACUGAAGGAGCUCUUCCGCCAUGUCCACAAUAUGCCUGACUCUGCAAAGAAGAAGAAGCUUAUCCGGCAGUUUAAUAAGCAUCCUACACCUCUCACUCCUGGCUCUGAGGUACCCACAUCCCCAGCACCGCGACGCACCCGCUCACGCUCCUUCAGUGGCCUCAUUAAGCGGAAGGUUUUGGGAACCCCGGUUGUCCUGGAGAGGAGGAGCAGGGAUGCCACACCGGAGCCUGAGCGAGUCAGCAAAGAGAAUAUCCACCUGUUACAGAAAUGUGGAUCUCCAGCUCACAUGUCCCAAGCGAAGCUGAAAUCUUUGGAGGGGCGGAAAGAGGAAUCCUGUAGACGCAUGCGAGCCCACCUGCUUUCCAAGGAUUCAUCAUCCCUCUGAAUUGCCUCGCACCAACGCAUGGGUGGGGAAUGCCCAGCCUCACAAGCUGUGAAUAAUGUGCUGCAAUGAGAAGGGGAGCGCUGCAGGCUCACGGCAACCCUCACCAACAUGGCAGCGCUCUUGAAACUGGACCUUUGCAAAGACUGCAGGGACUUGUUUCUUUCUGUAUAUAAAUUAUAUUUCAUUCUACUAUGGGGCAAACCACUAUCUAACCAAAACUUGUGCAGCAUGUCUGACCUGCUGGGUCUGGGAAGAGCUGGAGUGCUUGCUUACAAGGAGAGCCCUGUGUGUUGCGGGGCCCAGUGUGCACUUUCAGCUUUCUCUGCAACGUUGCUAGGCUGUAUUUUUUUGCUUUUAUGCUCUGAGUUUUUAACACAUUGGCUUGUUUUUGCUCCCUCCCCUUUGUUAGCAGUGAGAACGAUGGACUCUGACCUUCACCCGCAUCCUGACAGCUAACCUUACCUCCAGGCCUCUUCUGGAGCCAUGCCCUCCUCUGCUUCCUGUGGGCUCUGUUUUGCCCUGCUGUCCCCAAAGGGCUGGAGUGCACAAACGGUACAGAGCACAGGAUGGGCCUGGGAGAAGAGGAGAGGCUCUGGGUGCCAUCAUUUCAAGUGGGGCCAGGGGAAAGCAGCUUCCCCAAUAAACUCAUCCCUCUGUUUCAGCUUGAGCUGGAGGCAGCCCUUGCUCACUGCCUUUGUGGUUCUGUGGCACAGUGCUGCUGCUGGGCUCUGCCUGGUGAGCAAGGAGUGUCUCUGCUUUGUAUUCUCCCAGGGAGGCUAAGCUGAGUGGGGCAGGAGGCUGGUAAAGGCUGUCUGGGGCAGGACAGCCCAGCCUUUGGAAGCUGGGGUGUCUGGGGUGGACAGAGUCUGGUGGCUGUUUGCACGGCAUAGGAACAGCAUCAGCAGCAUAAGAGGUGAGAGAGGGCUCUGGCCAUUUGUGAUCUGCAAAUGGUGCCAGAGGCUUUGGCUCAAGAUAUCUGGAUGGCUGGUCAGGCAACUGGCCGAUUAGUCAUUAAACUGCAGGAAAGGGCUGGAGCUGGGUUCAGCUCUUUAGCCUGAGCUGCAGAAAUGAGAUGAAACCAUCUAGAUACGGGAUAAACCCCCAUCACAGCUGGCCAGUGUCAGCUGCCUUGUUAAGCUAAAGUGUCCCAUAAGCCAGUCUUGCCAAGUACAGGUCUGCAAGCACUCUGGGGUAGGAAACACACAGGGUCACUACUGUGAAAUAAAGAUUUAAUCAGCUGGCGAACCAUCUAAACACUUCUCAGCCCUUCUUGGCGAAGCAAAUAAUCUCUGGAAUCCAAUUAUAAUUGUCUUCUAAUCUUUAAGAACCAGCAGCUGGCAGGAGUUAGAGCUCUGUCCUUGACAGCUUUCUGAGACAACUGGUGGCAGGAGGUGUGAAUAUUGGGAUGUGAGCAGGGAGUUCAGUCCAACUGGCUAGAGCUGUCAAAACAGGGCAUCGGAGCCCUGUGCAGCUUAGCUGGAAUUUGUCACUUUUUUUUUUUUAACAGUGAUUUUUUUUUUUUUUUUUUUUGAGAUACAAAGCUAUGUACCUCAUGCUACUCUCUCCAAAGAGAUGUUCCUGGUACUUUAUCGGGGUGCCUGUCCCCAGUCUGACCCCAAAUGGGAGGAGCUGCCUUGAAAACGUAGGGGGUAGUGGGACUGUAGAUGUGUGAGUUGGGAGUUGUUGGUGUUAGGAGCCUCUGUUGCAGCAAAGAAAGGGCUUUGGUUCUUCAGGGACCAGGCAGGCGAGGAUGCUGUGAGGAAGGGCAGAGGCUGUUUGCUGUGGUAGUAGUAUGUGUUUUUGGAUGUGUCUGUAAUCAUUCCCCCCAGAGGCUGAAGCUGUCUAUGUGCUCUUCUCCGAAGGGCACCAUGUAUUUUGCUGACUGCACUUCUGCCCUGCCCCUGCAGUCCACUGCUAGGAGAGAUCUGGGGAUUUCAGCUUUGCCUCUGAACAGAGAUGAGGCAGAGCUGAAGGUCGAGUGGCAGUGCAAGGAGAGCUGGGUCUGGUCCUGCUACCUCUGCUCUUACUUGCAUCGGGGGCAGUUGCUGAGUGAAGCAUUUGUUCAUCCCAUCCUUCCUAGCUUACUUGGGCAUAUAUCUCUCUAUGGGUGUCUACUUGGCAAGGCAGUCUUGUUCCUAAGACCAAAUACACUGCUCCUGUAUAGGUGAGAGGAACAUAACUCUUCUCUCUGCUGUCCCCCUUUAUUGAUGGCUCUAGCUCAGGGACUCUGGUUUCUGGCACAGCUGAGAUUUGCUUAGCUCUAAGAAAAAUUAUCUAUGGGGCAUCAGCCCGGCAUUCUGCAUGUCUUAGAUGCCUUCCCUGCCAAAGGGGUGGGUGCAGUCUCCAGACAGGGCAGUCCCAGGAGGGGUUUGGUGCCCUAGGCUUUAGCUCAUGGUGCUGUCCUCCCUGUGCUGAGGAUGGUGGUGGCUAACAGACUCAGCCUCUAGGACCCUUGGCUGUUGCAGUCCCCAAUGUGUUCACACGGUCUCACACACACAGGGGAGUUUUAGUCAUGCUUGGAUGUCUCUCAUUUGUCUGCCCUGUGCAAUGACUCACAAGGAUGCUUCCUCCCAGAGCAGCCACUAACUGUUCCCAGAGUCUAUAGUUUCCAAAGUAUUUUUAAUCUUUGUCAUUAUUUAUAUAUGCUAUGUAUGUACUGUUUCAGACUGUUGCCUUUCUGUGUGUUCAUGUUGAAAACCCCAUAUUAAAUGCUUUUAUUUUUA